AUAAUCGACGUCAACGCGCAGCGAAAAAGCAAUAAGGACUCGAAAGUUGUUUUCCAUUUUCCGUAGUCUGCUCGAUAGGAAACAAGUUCUAUUUUUCGGUUCAAAUCCAUUUUUACUAUUCCCUUUAUUGCCAUCGGUAAAAUAAAGCUACAAAAUUGGCUCGUCCUGUUGACUAUCGGUACCCAGAAACGAGACCCGUUUUUGGGGGGCCAUCGUAUCAGCAACUUCCCCACCGUUCCCAACAACACCAACAGCAACCACCAACACAUCAUCACCAGCAGCCGCAACAGCAUCAUCAUCACAUCCAACAACACCACCAUCACCAUCAGCAGCUUCAGGAUUAUCGGGUUAGGAUGAAAAUCCACUUCCGGGAGCAGUACGGUUCGACCGGGGAGGAAAUCCUCUACGUGACACCCGACAACCAGGACACGGUUGUCCGGGUGAACGUGAAAGGCGAACGACCGAAGCUCCGGAAGCGACUGAGUUUGAAGCGGUUCUUCCAGAAUUUGUUCCUGCCCGUGGGAUACCCGGAUAGUGUUAGCAGCGACUAUUUGGCCUACCAAAAGUGGGACACCGUUCAGGCGUUCUGCAGCACCAUCAGUGGGACUCUUACAACUCAUGCAAUUCUGAAAGGCGUCGGUGUCGGUAGCGAUAUCGUUAAUCCGCUAUCGGCCACCGUAACUUGGGUCCUCAAGGAUGGUAUGGGUCAUUUGGGACGAAUUCUGUUCGCUUGGUGGAAAGGAACGGAACUGGACAUCGAUUCCAAAAAAUGGCGCAUCCGGGCAGAUAUCCUGAACGACGUGGCCAUGGGAAUCGAUCUUUUUGUACUGCCAUAUUAUCCGAAGCUUUCGACGUUCAUUUUGUGUGCGACCACCACGAUGAAAGCAAUCGUCGGAGUUGCUGGUGGGGCUACGAGAUCAGCCCUUACCCAGCACCAUGCCAUCCGUGGCAAUCUAGCCGAUGUUUCCUCAAAGGAUUCCGCCCAAGAAACGUGUGUCAAUUUGAUCGCUUCUUUUGUUGGUUUAUUUUUGCUUACGCACGUGCAAAAUCAAAGGGUCGUGUACGGAUUGUUUCUUUUUGUGACACUCCUGCAUAUAUACGCGAAUAUAAAAGCGGUCAAAUCGGUUUGCUUACGUACAUUCAACGAAGCUCGUUACCUGAUUGCUCUUGAGGAAUACUUCAAAUCCGGGGCAAUGCUUUCUCCAGUCCAGGUGAAUCGAAUGGAGCGAGUUACUGUUGGCCAAACGGUUUCUUUAACGGCACGGGUCAAGAUAGGCUGCUCGGCCAGGGAGCUAGCCCAAUACUAUCGGAAUUGUUACGAUCUAGAGAAUUUAAUAGCCUGUUUCGAUUCGCGAGAAAAGUUUUUAAUAGCCGAAACAAGAAAUUACGUCGGAGUUUAUUUGCAUUUCUCGGUUAAGCCGCUGGACGUCAUCAAGUCGUACUUUUACGUAGCAUCCUAUUUGCAGGAUAAGAGCCAACUACGGGAUCGUUACUGGGAGAUUCAGAACAAGUGGAAUGAGUUUUUGAAUUUGGCUCAAUGCGAAGGCUGGAACUUUCAAGCCCAUUUACUCAAGACUGACGAGUAUCGUUUGGAUUGGAGGAUGUAAGUAACAACCUUUAUUUAAUACCAAUAAUUAAAAUUAUUAUCAGCUAACUGAGACUUGAGGCACCACAAGAGCGUAAUCUAACGAAAGUUUUAAUCCCAUAGAAUCGUUUAACAACUCUAGAAAGUAUCAGUAGUUUAUAGAUCAAUCAAAUCACAAGAUGAAGAGCAAUUAUUAAAACAAGUUUCUCUCAACAAACCUUCCAAUUUUAAAGACAACUAAACAAAAUCGAAAAAAGCAAAUACAAAACUAUAAAAGCGACAUUGAGGGUGCCAAAGAAGCAAUCUAGUCUCAAUUAUAUACCAGAAGUUUUAAGGAAAGACAACCACAAGUCGAAACAACUGUGCAUUUUGGACCAAAUCGCUACCGUGGCUCGUUCGUAUUAGAACAUUAAGCAAAAGCUUUCGGGUUUUACUGAACCACAUAAACUAAACAUUUCUUUUAAGAGUUAUAAAAGUUUAAAAACAAUGUAUUGCUGUUAAUGCAAAUUAACAAAAUAACUACCGACAUCGAACGUUCUUUUUUAAGUUCAGAAUUUUACGUACCGUACGUAUCGAUUGAACUCACCACGACUUUUAGGGAAUAUCACUUACCAGUUUUAAACAGAUGUAUAAUAUAGACAAACAGCACUCUCUAUACCAGGAAACUUAAAACCAAAAACAAACAAAACAAAAGUAACGAAACACAUCCUAGAAUCACAAAUAUAGAAGCUCUAUUUUUCUACACAUUCCAAGUGUUAGUGAGAGGGACGGUUGUUUUUAGUUCCGGACUAACCGGAACAAAAGCCUCCCAGUACUGUAAUUUACGAUAGGAUCUUUACAGCUUACUUGAAAAUUUAUCCAGCUACAAAAACAAGGCCGUUCAACACACAAUUUAAUAUUUUUAAAUAAGUUCGAAGUAAUUUGCGAUUGAUAUAAGUUUAUGAUGAUUUUUCUCCCCUUAAAUGUAUGUUUGAAAUUUAGUCAAUUUCUAGCAACACUUUGAUAAUUUGUUGAUGCAUUCGCAUUUUUCUUUGUAGAAUUUUAAAAUAUUAGUAUUUUUCUUUUACUAGAAACGUUAAAUAUGAAAAUCAUAUCACAAAAGAUAUUAAACAAUGAUAUUAAAUAGGAUUGAGUUGCACAAACGGCAGACAGUUUUUUUUUUUAAUUUUUUCGGUUUAAAAUUUAGAAGUUUUAUUCCGAUAUGCAAAUUUUCGAUUUAAUGAGCAUUGUCGUUUGGUUUUUGAUAACACGCCAUGAAGAAAUAUAUGAUAGACACGUAAAAAAAAAACAAACAAACACAAGAUAAAUAAAGGUAGAAUGUCAAUCUCUAGGAUAGCGUUAGGAUAAAAGGUAAAAAUUUGCUUGUUUCCAAAACCCCGCUACAUUGGGGUCAUUUUGCAAUUUUAUUGACUAGACAAGAGUAUGUUCAAACACAUUUGUCAAUUUUUUGCGUUUAUAACGUAAAUUUUGAUCGCUUAGAAACGUUUUUAUCACCGCAA